CCUCCCCACCCCGCCCCUCCUCUACCACACAGACCCUCGCCCCGCCUCUCCCGACAGCCGCCUGUGGGGCUCCACCAGGCCAGUGAGCCCGGAGAGCCGUUGAACCCUUUCGUGGGUCUCACUGACCGAGCGGCCCUCGCGCUCACUUAAAGGGGCGAUGCCGGAGAGGGUGGGCCCGCACGACCUGCCUGAGCCCCGCCGAGGCGCUUGUGUCCUGAGCACCCGGUUAAGAGCCGCUCUUACGCGCGAUGGCGGGCUCUGCGCGAGGUCCGGCCCCAGCGCCCCAUGGCGACCCCUCGCCGCCCUCCGCAGGAGCUGAGGCGGGCGGAGUUGGUGGAGAUCAUUGUGGAGACGGAGGCGCAGACCGGGGUCAGCGGCAUCAACGUAGCUGGCGGCGGCAAGGAGGGAAUCUUCGUCCGCGAGCUGCGCGAGGACUCGCCUGCGGCCAGGAGCCUGAGCCUGCAGGAAGGGGACCAGCUGCUGAGCGCCCGAGUGUUCUUCGAGAACUUCAAGUACGAGGACGCACUACGCCUGCUGCAAUGCGCCGAGCCUUACAAGGUCUCCUUCUGCCUGAAGCGCACUGUGCCCACCGGGGACCUGGCGCUGCGGCCUGGGACCGUGGCCGGCUACGAGAUCAAGGGCCCCCGGGCCAAGGUGGCCAAGCUGAACAUCCAGAGUCUGUCCCCUGUGAAGAAGAAGAAGAUGGUGGUGCCCGGGGCCCUGGGGGUCCCUGCAGACCUGGCCCCUGUUGACGUCGAAUUCUCCUUUCCCAAGUUCUCCCGUCUGCGUCGAGGCCUCAAAGCCGAGGCUGUCAAGGGUCCUGUCCCAGCUGCCCCCACCCGCCGGCGCCUCCAGCUGCCUCGGCUGCGCGUCCGAGAAGUGGCCGAAGAGGCCCAGGUAGCCCGACUGGCUGCCGCCGCUCCUCCCCCCAGGAAGGCCAAAGCAGAGGCUGAGGUGGCUGCAGGAGCCCGUUUCACAGCUCCCCAGGUGGAGCUGGUUGGGCCCCGGCUGCCAGGUGCUGAGGUGGGUGUCCCCCGGGUCUCAGCCCCCAAGGGGCCGGGGGAGGUGGCCCCUGCAGCAGAGGCAGUCAGUGGCUUUGCCCUCCACCUGCCAAGCCUUGGGCUGGGAGCCCCAGCUGCACCUGCUGUGGAGCCUGCGGCUGUAGGGAUCCAGGUCCCCCAAGUGGAGCUGCCCAGCUUGCCCUCACUACCCACUCUGCCCACACUUCCCUGCCUGGAGACCCGGGAAGGGGCUGUGGCAGUGACGGUGCCCACCCUGGACGUGGUAGCACCUACAGUGGGGGUGGACCUGGCCUUGCCUGGUGCAGAGGUGGAGGCCCCAGUAGAGGCACCUGAGGUGGCCCUGAAGAUGCCCCGCCUCAGUUUCCCCCGCUUUGGGGCUCGAGCAAAGGAAGUUGCUGAGGCCAAGGUGGCCAAGGGCAUCCCUGAGGCCAGGGUGAAGGGGCCCAGACUUCGAAUGCCCACCUUUGGGCUUUCUCUCCUGGAGUCCCGGCCAGCUGCCCCUGAAGCCGUUGAGAGCAAGCUGAAGCUGCCCACCAUCAAGAUGCCCUCCUUUGGCAUUGGGGUCUCGCCACCUGAGGUCAAGGUGCCCAAGGGGCCUGAGGUGAAGCUUCCCAAGGUGCCAGAUAUCAAGCUCCCCAAAAUGCCAGAGGCAGCCCUUCCAGAUGUGCGACUCCCAGAGGUGGAACUCCCCAAAGUCCCCGAGAUGAAACUCCCAAAGGUGCCUGAGAUGGCCGUGCCAGAGGUGAGGCUUCCAGAGGUGCAGCUGCCAAAAGUCCCAGAGAUGAAACUCCCGAAGGUGCCCGAAAUGGCCGUGCCCGAUGUGCAGCUCCCAGAAGUGCAGCUCCCGAAGGUCCCAGAGAUGAAACUGCCAAAGGUGCCCGAGAUGAAGCUCCCCGAAAUGAAACUCCCGAAGGUGCCUGAGAUGGCCGUGCCAGAAGUGCAGCUCCCAGAAGUGCAGCUCCCGAAAGUUCCUGAGAUGAAACUCCCUGAGAUGAAGCUCCCGAAGGUGCCCGAGAUGAAGCUCCCGAAGGUGCCUGAGAUGGCUGUGCCAGAGGUGCAACUCCCAGAAGUACAGCUGCCAAAAGUCUCAGAGAUGAAGCUCCCGAAGGUGCCGGAGGUGACACUCCCGAAGGUGCCCGAGAUGAAGCGCCCGAAGGUGCCUGAGAUGGCUGUGCCAGAGGUGCAACUCCCAGAGGUACAGCUGCCAAAAGUCUCAGAGAUGAAGCUCCCGAAGGUGCCGGAGGUGACGCUCCCGAAGGUGCCCGAGAUGGCUGUGCCGGACGUGCAUCUCCCGGAAGUGCAGCUGCCAAAAGUUUCAGAGAUGAAAGUCCCCGACGUGAAACUCCCUGAGGUGAAGCUCCCGGAGAUAAAACUCCCAAAGGUGCCCGAGAUGGUCGUGCCUGACGUGCACCUCCCGGAAGUGCAGCUGCCAAAGGUGUCGGAGAUGCGGUUACUGGAAGUUCAGGCGCCGAAGGUCCCAGAUGUGUAUCUGCCGAAGGCACCUGAGGUGAAGCUGCCCAAGGCUCCAGAGGUGCAGCUAAAAGCUGCCAGGGCAGAGGAGGCGGAGGGGGUGGAAUUUGGCUUUAAGAUGCCCAAGGUGACCAUGCCUAAGCUAGGGCGGGCUGAGUCCCCAUCUCGAGGCAAGCCAGGUGAGGCAGGUGCUGAGGCCUCGGGGAAGCUGGUGACACUUCCCUGUCUCCAGCCAGAGGUGGGCAUCGAGGCUCGUGUGGGCGUGCCCUCUCUCACACUGCCCUCAGUGGAGAUAGACCUGCCUGGGGCCCUCGGCCUGGAGGGGCAGGUCCCGGCAGCCAAAGUGGGCAAGGUGGAGCAGGCAGGGGCCCCCGGGGUGGUAGCAGGGGUCGGAGAGGUGGCCUUCCGGUUGCCCUCCGUUGAGAUCGUCACUCCACAGCUGCCCACAGUGGAGGCUGAGGAAGGACAGCUAGAGGUGACGGAGGCGAAAGUCAAGCCCUCCUCUAAGUUCUCUCUGCCCAAGUUUGGACUCUCGGGGCCGAAGGUGACCAAGGCAGAGGCUGAGGGGGCUGGACGAGCCACCAAGCUGAAGGUGUCCAAGUUUGCCAUCUCACUCCCCAAGGCUCGGGCGGGCACCGAGGCGGAGGCCAAAGGGACGGGGGAGGCAGGCCUGCUGCCCGCCCUCGAUCUGUCCAUCCCACAGCUCAGCCUGGAUUCCCACCUGCCCACAGGCAAGGUGGAAGUGGCAGGGGCCGAUGUCAAGCUCAAGGGGCCCAGGUUCGGCCUGCCCAAGUUCGGCGUCAGAGGCCGGGACACCGAGGCAGGAGAACUAGUGCCAGGGGCGGCUGAGUCGGAGGGCAAGAGCAGGGGCUGGGAUGGAAGGGUGAAGAUGCCUAAGCUGAAGAUGCCCUCCUUUGGGCUGGCUCGAGGGAAGGAAGCAGACAUCCAGGGGGGGCGCGUCAGCCCCAGGGAAAAGCCAGAGUCCACGGCUGUGCAGCUUAAGAUCCCUGAGGUGGAACUGGUUACUCUGGGGGCCCAGGAGGAAGGGCAAGUGUCCCCAGCCAGGCAGGUGGGCACUGAGGGCCAGGAUAGGGGGCCGAGGAUGCCGCUGGGCACCUCCCUGCCCCAGGUGGAGCUGACCAGCUUUGGGGAGGCCACCCCAGGACAGCAGGCCGAGAGUGCAGCCCCUCCAGCAGAGGGCACACCGGGCUACAGGAUCCAGGUGCCUCAGGUGACCUUGUCUCUACCUGGAGCCCAGGUGGCAGGAGGUGAGCUCCUGGUGGGUGAGGGUGUCUUCAAGAUGCCCGCUGUGACAGUCCCCCAGCUUGAGCUGGACGUGGGGCUGAGCCGGGAGGCGCAGGUGGGUGAGGUCGCCACAGGUGAGGGCGGGCUGAGGCUGAAGAUGUCCACGCUGGGGGCUAGAGCUGGGGCGGGGGGCGAGGGGCCUGGGGAGCAGCCCCCAGGGGCCGAGCGCACCUUCCACCUCUCACUGCCCGACGUGGAGCUCUCCCCGCCCGCCGUGGGCAGCCGUGCCGAGUACCAGGUGGCAGAGGGCGAGGGGGAUGCCGGACACAGGCUCAAGGUGCGGCUGCCCCGGUUCGGCCUGGCGCGGGCCAAGGAGGGGGUUGAGGAGGGCGAGAAGGCCAAGAGCCCGAAACUCAGGCUGCCCCGCGUGGGCUUCAGCCAGAGCGAGGUGGCCAGUGGGGAAGGCUCCCCCGGCCCCGAGGAGGACGAAGAGGAGGGCGGCAGGGAAGGGGCCUCCGGGCGCCGAGGCCGCGUCCGAGUCCGCGUGCCCCGUGUGGGCCUCACUACCCCUUCCAAGGCCUCUCGGGGGCAGGAGGGCGAGGCAGCCCCCAGGUCGCCUGGCGGGGAGAAGUCACCCAAGUUCCGUUUCCCCCGGGUGUCCUUAAGCCCCAAGGCCCAAGAAGAGGGUGGAUUCCGGGUUCAGCUGCCCAGUGUGGGGUUUUCAGAGCUGGGGCCUCCAGGCCCCACGAGGUUGGACGGGGCUCAGGCUGCCGUCAUCUGAGACCGCUGAGCACAGGGAGACUCCCCUGCCAUCUUCCCAUCCCCCCGCCCUUGUUUUGUGUGUGAGAUAACGAGCACUAACCCUCAGGGCUGGGAGGUGGGCGACUGACCCGGGCAGGGCCGCGAGGCCGUGCCUGGCUCCCGCGAUGUGAAUAAAAUA